UUCGCGAAUCGGCUCGAACGAACCACUUGCGAGAAGAACCGGUUCAAAGGACAUCACAGUGUGGCAGUUUUGAGAGGCUGCUGUGGAUCUGCUGCUGAUAUGGAGACUCUUGCCAGGCACAGAAACUGAUCGUACAACUACUUAAUCGAUAUCGCGGAUAGCUUUCAUGCCUGCGCUCGUGUCACAUUAACAACUCCAAACAUGUCCAAAAGCGUUAAGAAGAAAAGUCACUGGACCAACCGAGUCCAUGAAGUUGUGUUGUCCAGGGGUCCGAGCGGUAAACUCGGGUUCGAGCUGGAGGGGGGCGCAGAGAAUGGACUGUUCCCCGUUAUUGGGGAAGUGAAACUGGACAGGGUCAAACUCAACCAGGACGAGUUACUUCUGGAAGUAAAUGAUACGCCAGUAGCCGGACUGACCAUCAGGGAUGUGUGGGCUGUGAUCAGACACUGCAAAGAUCCCGUCCGCCUGAAGUGUGUCAAACAAGGAGGUGUUGUGGAUAAAGAUCUCAGGCAGUAUCUCAACCUCCGUUUCCAGAAAGGCUCUUUGGACCACGAGCUACAACAAAUCAUCCGGGACAACCUUUAUCUUCGCACCAUACCCUGUACGACAAGGCAGCCCAAAGAAGGAGAGGUUCCAGGAGUGGACUACAAUUUUGUGACUGUGGAGCGGUUUGUAGAACUGGAGAAAAGUGGAGCUUUACUAGAAAGUGGAACUUAUGAAGAUAACUAUUACGGCACACCCAAGCCCCCCGCAGAGCCCAGUCUGCAUCUGUUGAAUGUAGCUGAGCAGCUGUUGCCAGGCGCCACACCCAGAGCCGAGGGCAAACGCAGACGCAACAAGUCCGUCAGCAACAUGGAAAAGGCUGGCAUCGAGCCGCCCGAGGAGGAAGAGGAGGAGAGGCCCGUCGUCAAUGGCAACGGUGUAGCCAUCACCCCAGAGUCAAGUGAACAUGAAGACAAAAGUACAGAGGCGUCAGGAGAGAUGCCCACCACAUGCCCCUGCGAGACCCCCCCAGAUGCUCCCAAAGAAGAGAGCGAACCCCCUAAAUCACCCCCCAAACCGGAUGAAAAUGAUGAGCUGGGUCCUUUGCCGGAUAACUGGGAGAUGGCUUACACUGAAAAGGGAGAGGUCUACUUCAUUGACCACAAUACAAAGACGACUUCGUGGUUGGACCCCCGGCUAGCCAAGAAAGCAAAGCUCCCUGAAGAAUGCAAAGAGAACGAGCUUCCGUAUGGCUGGGAGAAAAUCGAUGACCCUAUCUACGGAACCUACUACGUUGAUCACAUCAACCGAAGGACUCAGUUUGAGAAUCCCGUUCUGGAGGCCAAGCGAAGAUUGCAACAACAGCAGCAAAUGCAGAGUCAAGGCUUGUCAUCUCUACCCUUGCCCGCUGUCUACAGAGUGGAGGAGAGCCCCUCCUCUGCAACCUUACCCAGGGCCAGACUGGCAUACGUGGGUCCCGCUCCCGAGCGCUCUCACAGUCUCACUGACCUGUCCGAGGCCCCCCUGUACCGGGCUGGUGUGUUUGGACUGCAUGAGAAGCCUCUGUUCACGCGGGACCCCACGCAGCUGAAGGGGAGCUUCCUGUCGACACCGCUGCAGAAAAGCAACAUGGGAUUCGGCUUCACUAUCAUUGGCGGUGACGAGCCGGACGAGUUCCUGCAGGUCAAAAGUGUCAUUCCGGAUGGACCCGCGGCACAGGAUGGAAAAAUGGCUACAGGUGAUGUGAUUGUCUACAUCAAUGACGUUUGUGUCCUGGGCACGACCCACGCUGAUGUCGUAAAGCUUUUCCAGUCAGUCCCGAUUGGUCAGAGCGUAACCCUCGUCCUGUGCAGGGGUUACCCUCUUCCUUACGACCCCGAGGACGCAACCAGCACCAUGCUUCCCCCCAUUGGUUUAAUGGAGCGUCCUCUACUCGUCAAUGGGGGGAAUAGCUACGACAGCUACAUGGAGUACAUCUCCCGCACCGCACGCUUCAUGGACCCCCUCCAAACCCCGUUAGGACCACCACAUCCCGGAGACACCCACUUGGACGCCGGUCCACUAGAGGACAGCGUCUCUAUGGCGUCGUCAGGAGCGGCCGGAGGAGAGCUGUUGACCGUUACCAUGGUGAAGGGGGGAGAGGGUUUUGGUUUCACCAUUGCAGAUAGUAGCGGAGGACAGCGAGUGAAGCAGAUUCUGGAGGCGCAGGGAUGCCCGGGGCUGUUCGAGGGUGAUCUGAUUGUGGAGAUUAACCAACAACCCGCGCUAAUGCUUUCGCACACGCAGGUGGUGGAGCUGCUAAAGGAGUGUCCGGUCGGGGCAGAGGCCACGUUGGUCGUACAGAGGGGCAGCACAGGACACUUUUCACCUUGGAAGACCUCUAAACAGGUUUUGGAACAUUGGGAUACUCACAGCAGUCCUACGACCGGUCUAUCUGUCCAUGCUCUCCCCCACAGCCUUCCUUAUCUCCACUGGCCCACAGGUCCAGAGUUUGACCUGGUCAGGCCGGAUCCCUAUGACCUGUAUGAGAAGUCCAGGGCUAUGUAUGAGAAUAGGCAGCCAGGUCUUCCUCGACCGGUCCUCACAGCUGACCCCUCCGCAACUGAGUUCCAUGAGGUGGAGGUGCACCUACGCAGACAGAAGUCCGGUUUCGGCUUCAGGAUCCUGGGUGGAGAAGAACCAGGACAGCCUAUCCUCAUUGGUGCAAUCAUAGAGAAAAGCCCGGCAGAUAAAGAUGGACGUCUUCGGCCUGGAGAUGAACUCGUGUCUGUUGAUGGAAUCUAUGUGGCGGGGAAACCUCACCGCUAUGUCAUCGACCUGAUGCACGGGGCGGCCCGGAAUGGCCAGGUCAAACUCACUGUGAGACGGAGACUUCAGCCCACAGGUGAACCCUUUCCAGAGAAUGGCCGCAGUCCUGGUUCCACCCAACACAGUUCCCCCAGGAGUGACUUCAACUCCAGAAUUAUCUCGAACAACUCCACUCCCUGCCAGAACUCUGUCCAUUCCACCACAGGCUCCUCCCCGCCAGACACAGUAGCCAAUCAGAAUUCGCAGCCCAGUGAUGUCACCAUCCAUCGCAAGGAGACUGAAGGAUUCGGAUUCGUUAUUAUCAGUUCGCUAAACAGGCCUGAUUCCACGCCUGCUUCUGCUGUGCCUCAUAAGAUUGGACGGAUCAUUGAGGGAAGUCCGGCAGACCACAGUGGGAAGUUGAAGGUUGGAGACCGCAUACUGGCCGUCAACAAUCAGUCUAUCGUCAACAUGCCACACGCCGACAUUGUCAAACUGAUCAAGGAUGCGGGUCUCAGCGUCACACUCAGGAUCAUUCCUCAGGAGGAGACGAACAGCACGCCCUCUGCAGGGAGUUCAGAGAAGCAGAGCCCCAUGGCCCAGCCCAGUCCGGUGUGCCAUCCCAGCACUGUGAACCAGACCAGUGCUGCUACUCAACCCAACUCCGCACCUCAAACCAACUCCGCACCUCAUCCCAGCUCCACAACGCUGGCUAGCUCAGAAGCACAACCAAGCCCUGUCACUCAAACUAGCCCGGCCAAUCAGCCCAUCUCAGUGAUCCAGCAGAACACGCCCACCCAGCCCUCAGCCGUGCCAGUACAGAUCUACAGCCACGACAGUGGUUACAGGUCAGAGGUGAAAGCAAGACAGGACGUCAAACCCGACGUCCGGCAGCCGUAUACAGAUUACCGUCAACCCCCGGUGGACUACCGGCACCCUCCUGUAGCGGAUUACAGACAGCCUCCUACACUUGAUUACAGACACCCCCCAUUACUGGACUACAGACAGCUGUCCACUGACCCACGCACCUUUCCUGUACCUGACUACAGGAUACCACAGGAUUUUGACUUCUUUACAGUAGAGUUGGAAAAAGGCUUGAAAGGUUUUGGUUUCAGUAUCCGUGGAGGCCGUGAGUAUAAGAUGGAUCUGUUCGUUCUGCGAUUGGCCGAAGACGGGCCAGCCAUACGCAAUGGGAGGAUGAGGGUCGGAGAUCAGAUCAUUGAGAUAAAUGGUGAGAGCACGAGGGACAUGACACAUGCUCGGGCUAUUGAGCUCAUCAAAUCGGGCGGCCGUAGAGUUCGCCUGCUACUCAAAAGAGGAACAGGGCAGAUCCCUGAGUAUGCAGAUAAUCCCACCGCCUGGGAUGCUCGCACUACAACCUCCCCAAAUCUGUCGGAAGUAGCACCACCCCUCGACAGCAUAUCCAAUCCAUCGGCUUCUUUUCAUGUGAUCCCACAAACUGACCCACCUCAUACAUCGUCUUUGGAAGCAGCAAGUCCUGACUGUUUCCAGGGUCCUAGAGGCCCAGAGAGUAGGGCUCUGGAACAGGUUAGGAAGGGGUCAGCUUUGGGAAGUGGAGUUGGGGGUGGAGAUGGGACCAAGCAAAGGGAGGGUAGCAGGACCAACCGUCGCUCAAGUGGAGGGAAGGGUCAGCACCCCGAUGAACUUGCGGGAGAGCCCUACGGACCCAAGCCCCACAAAAGCAGCCGGGCGAAAUCCAAGGACCGCAGGAGGGAACGGAGCAAUACGCCCUCUCGGAAACGAGACUCACCCAAAACGGACAAUAACAUAAAUGGGGGAAAUGGCUGCUUAGAUGGUAAUCAAAACCAGCAAGGGUCUCCGGUGCAACUCAAAGCCCUACCAAAGGAACCAGAGAAAAGUGGACAAGUGGAGAGUCGUCCCAACCAUAACUCCAAGAACAGCAACAGCAGUGCAUCCGUCAGGAAGGUCGCAGUAUCCCCAGGGCUUUGGAAGAUCCCGGGCUCAGACAAGCUACCCAGCACCCUGCGUUCGGCCACAUCCACCAUAAGCAGAUAACAUCCCACCCUGGUCUCAGGCCCAAGCUGGUUUAAUCUUUUGGCCUUGACUUGAUUUUGGCCUUCUUACGGACCAAUUCACCUUGUUUUGGGCCUGGUUGGGCUUGUGCUCUGCUUGGUUGCUUUUCACAUGCCUGCUGUACUCUCCAGAGCUAUGUCUUAACCUUGUUCGACCAGGUCCCACCCUUUCUCACAACCCUCGCUAAAGACCUUUCCAUGCAUUUCUAGACAGAGCAUUUUUUAUUUAUAAAUUAUUUUAAGCGAUAUGACACCCACCACCUUAAGAACUGGAAGCAUUCACUCCACAAAUGGAACCACGGAAGAAUGAGUGAUGCAUGUAGCGUGCGGAAAAAAACCCAGACUGUUUUAAACUGUUGGGAAAAGCACUUAGACUCUGAGACUUACAUGCAUAAAGAACCACUUACCGACUCAAGGACACCACCGGUGGCCGUGGCGGUUUUUAUACACUUUCAGUCAAAACGAGGAACAUUGAAGGAGUCAUGCAGUUUCGGAGUAUUUGAAGAACGAAAAUGAUUGAAAAAGAUUCUAUAUGAGCGGACACUCGACAGUCGAACUCUGCCUUAAAUAAAGACUCUACUGACCUGCAGAUCUCUGCAGCAAGUGAAUAUAGACAUAGAUAUAUUAUAUGACUACGUAAGUGUGAGACUUAUUGUAAAUACAGUCUUUAUACGGCCAUGUGAGCCCAUCUUGGUGUUUUGACAUCAUCCACGCAGUGUAAAAAUAUAAACUAGAAUUCAUUCCCAUUCCACUACUUAAGGCGUCUUCUCACUGAAAGCGAAUUAAACGCAAUACGUCAAUUUUCUGUAAUGGAUGUUGCUGGUAUCCAGGAGCUGAAUCAAAUGCGGGUCACUGCCGUUGUGCAACUCGACGCCAGUGGUCGCAGUUAUUCUUGUCGCCUCAAAUCGCCAAUAGCUUUGUUGAUGAUAUUCGCUGUCAGUGGGAAUCUCUUAUGAUCAGUGAUUGGAUAGCUGCUCUGUCAGUCUCUGAAGGAGCCAAUUGGCUUUCACCUUCUCGACUCAAUUAUCACUGACUCUAUUCUCCCUUUACGCUAGUAAAGCAAUCGGAAGGAUGGGUGACGGUUUAGAUGAAUGGUUUCGAUUGGGGCAGAGUGCCUUACACAGACAAUGACGCUUUACACAAGCUCCAAGAUUUAGGCAACAACGUGAAGACUUAAAGAGAUAAUAGGCUGCUGUAAGAAAUGUGACAGUAAAGCCAGGCCUGUGAAAAUAUUUUCACGUCUUUGACUCUGAACAGCAGUUAAACUGAGAGGCUGGUAUAGAUGUAUCAAUAAAGGAUUGAAAUGCUAUUUUCGUACAUAGAUAAAAGGUGCUUUUAGGAGACGUGCAGAUAUUUAUUAAUGAUAUCUUUUAGUGGAGGCAGGAGUUUAAGUGUCUGUUGAGCACUUUGUCUAUAAUAGGACAGACAGUAGCUGUGAUAUACAUUCAAAUGCAGAUCCAUGAUAUUCAUUGGAUAGUUUUGAAAGGGGACGAAUUAUAAUAUGAAGGUAAAGUAUUGUAUAAACCUAGUUUUCUGUUUUUGAAUUCCAUUUUACAUGACUUGCAUCAGGGCUUCAGUGCACAUCAAGAGAAGCAUUUUGCUUAAUCUCCACGUUAAAAAAAAACAAUGCAGAUGUUUCCUUCACAGUAGGGCGAUUUUGCAUGAAAGGCAAUAUGUGGUUGCCAGGUUGCAAGAAAGUGGGUUAUUUACUAUAAAGAGGGAAAAUGAUUAAUACGAUCAAAAGAGGUAAGAAAACAUCGGCAAUGCAUCAUGUUUUUUUCUCUGAAUGUUAUGAUAUGCCUUUGACACUGUGUCGUACAACUGGGUGUAUUUAGAUACACAUGGGUUCAGUCUUUCUUCCAUUUUGUUUGAGUUUUCAUCUCGGCAUCAUACUCAACGAUAUACCCUGGAACGAUAUUAAACGAUACGCGGCUUAGAAUUAUUGGACUCAAGUGGACUCAACGUUGAAAAGUAAAGUUUAAACAUCAGAUUCUAGAGCCAAGGGGUGUUAUAAUAGUAACAAUAGAGCUGGAGGUCUAGGUCAGGGCAGCAAUGUUUGCAACACCUCGGAGCAGCUACUUUAGUCAUAGCAAGACCACAGUCCUAUCUACUUGAAUGGGAAAGACACAUAUUUCUCAAAUCGCUUGCACAAAUCACAAUUAAACAGCAUGGUUUCAACAAACAAGUAAACCUGGCAAAAACUGUACCAUAAUUUUUGUUUCCUAAGUUUAAAUCGUGCUAAAAAAACACUUGUUCGAGGUCGCUUAAGCCAAUGUGCUUGCUUGCAUACAGGUUGGCAAGCAACUCACCAAACUGUGUAUAGCCAGAGAAUCUUCAGUCUUUAUCGAUUGGCUCUUUUUACUGGUAGACGGGACUUCUUUUGCUAGAGUGGCUAUAUUGAGUGUUGCAUUUCCACCACAUUCACAGUAACGUCAUUGCUGCAUUUUGUUUACAUAUUUGUAUACAUCUUUGAUGGUCUGAAUGUAAUGGAAUUGUUAUAUAGACCUUAGUACACACAAUAUUAUUUUUUGUUCUUUUUUCCCUCUGGUGAUUAGAAAGCUUUUAACACGAAUUUGCAAGCAUUAGAACAAAACCUUCACAACAAAGGUGCUUCAUUAUGUAUUCAUACUUUGUAAAACCGUCUAAAGUUAUAUGUCACAUUUUCACCUCUUUGAUUAUCUUGGUAACGUUUAAUUGCUUUAUUUUUAUACAUGUCAACUCCAACUAGUUUCUCAUCAUCUCAGGAUUAGCGCGAGGAACCUUUAGACAAGACCUCCUUCCUUCUCCCCAUUGUCAUAAAAUCACCUUCAUUAUAUUCAUUUCCUACAGAAAUAAAGCGAUGACUGGUUCCACUGAUGCUCAACUAUUGUAGAUGACAAGGAGAGCCGACAAUGAUCUAGUCAUUACAAGAUAGCAAACAUUUCCCAGAUAAAGACACAUUAAUUGAAGCAUUCCAAAAGUGAUUGUGCCUUUGUGGCACAUUGUAAGUGGUCUGUCCUUAUAAAUCACAGGCAGAGAAUGGCAUUGUCAAACCAAAUGCAGUUACUUUCCACAGAGUCCCGCCUAAGAUUGUCUGUGAAUAUGAAUGAGAUGAAUAAUGCUAUACGCAGCUAUGAUGCCUUUCCAUAGAGUAAGGAGCUGAAUGAUCUUGUUUGAAAUAUGACUUCUUAAAGCUGCAACGUGUUACUUUUUAUUCUCUAUCGCCAUCUCUCAUAAAUUGGUAUUUUAUGUGCAGCAUCAAAAUGAUAUUUCCCGCACAUGUUAAUUGGUAAGGAUUGUUCUACACUGAUUGUAUUUGCUCAACAACUGUUUUUGUAAAUUUUUUGGGAAAAAAGUUACAGAUUGUAGCUUUUAGAAUAAGCAAGGAAUUUUAAAGCCAGAAAAAUACUCUACACAAAUAUUCUAACGUGAAUGCUUGGACAAUGAAUUGCCAGCACACAGUCACAUUAUUAUGUCAUUAAAUGAAUUCCAGAAUAAUAUUAAGUAUAUUUUAAGUAUAUGAGAUCAUGUGGCAUUUCAUUUGUCAGUUUUAAUUUCAGAAAACCGCUAUGCAGAAGUUUAGUAGACAGUCUAAAUGGCAUUAUGUCACCAAAGUUUGGACUCGAAGGAAGACCAUUAAGACUUUUUGGGACCAGUUUACACCCGUUUUGUUAUAAAUUAGCAUUCUGAUUUUUUUUGUUGCUGUUUUAGAUAUUUGCAUUAACAUUUUUUUUGCAGAGUAUAUUUCUGGCUUUUGUUGUCAUGAUGUGCGUCGAUGAAUUUGUUAAAGAGCGUGGUUGAUGCUGUUUUUCUGUCUUUGGUCUAGUCUAAGUUUGCCAAAUCCUGAAGAAACUUUAACGAAUGAUUUAACGUGAUAAAUAGUUUGAUUUAAAAUGAGACGUAUGAGACUUAUGGAGACGUGCCCAAGCAGGGCUCUGUAUCACUGUGUAGAACUUAAAGAGAACAGUGCGGUUCACCCUGUACAGUUACAAAUAUAAAUAUGACACUAUGUAUUAUGAACUAGUCACAAGAGAAAACAAAAAAUCUGUGAGUGAGCUACUAUUUUUAUGAAAUGCAACUCAAUGAAUAUAUACUUACUUUUGCAGAGCUCUUGUUUACUGUAUGAUAUUUACUGAAAUACUGUCAAAUAAAACCUUGACAUGGUGUAAAGUA